AUGGCAUGGGAGCAGUUUUUGAAUCACUAUGCUGAAGUAUGUGUUAUGCUAGUGUGGCUACAGUGGCCACUCCAGCAAGAAUCCAGCUACAGGCCCAGUGAAGGCAAGAAAACAAAUCUGGGAAAGCAAAAUCCUUUGCCCCCUACAACCCCGACCUUGCCCGGGGGGACCACGCCUCACAAGAGAAAAGCACCUCCUCCUCCAAAGUCUCCUCGACAGGGUACACAGGCUUCCCCAGACCUGCAUCAAGGCUCUAUCCAGUGCUUAUUGCCAGACAACUCUACUUCUCCUUCUCCAGCACCCAAGAUUCAACACUCCUUUCCAGACAACCUUGCAGAGGAUGAGGAAGUCUUUGAGGAGAUUCGCAGGCUAAGGCUAGAAAGAGGGCAUCUACUACAGAAGAUUAAGACUCUGGAGCAGCAACAGAACAGCACCACCACUGCACUGGAGGAGCUAAGCUCACUAAGAGAGUGUUUGAGACAGGCAGAGGCAGAGCGUGAUUGUCUGGAAGUAGUGCUGAAGGAGCUUGGAGGUGUUCGGCUCAGCGAUACAACCUGCAGCACUGACGAUAUGCUGGACUUCCCUGGAGCAAACAGACUGCUGUCCAAGCGGUCACAAUGCACAGAAGCAGAGAUGCCACCUGACAACCCAGAGAACUCAUCGUGGGAGCAGAUGAACAGUGUGGAGCAUCUCUGCAGGCAGCUGGAGGAGCUUACUGCACAGAAUGCUGAACUGGUUCUCAAAGUGCAGAUGCUGGAGAUGUUUGAAAAGGAUGACACAGACUUUGUGCCCUUGACUGUCUAUGACUCCUUAAAGAGAGAGUUUGAAAAGCUGCAGCAGCAAUACAACAAAGCUACUAAUAGCUUAAACACUGCAGAGGAUCCUGGGUCUGAGGAUAAUACUGAAGUAAGUGAGGUGGAGUCCAAGGAGGAGAAAAAACAGAAAAGCCUACAGCAACAGCUCGCCUGUGCCCAUGCUGAGCUGGAGGAGCUGAGAAAAGAGAUGAAGCUGGGUAUCGAUUCUGUAACUGCAGGUUUAGCUGUUAACCAAUUCAGAGCUGAAGAGAAGGAGCCGAGCUCAGAAAUGCUGAGGUUGACAGACCGGGUGAAGGAACUGGAGGCAGAGCUGGCAGAGAAAGAGGAGGCAUGGAACGAAGGGGUGAACGAGAGUGACAAAACCCAGCAGUUGAAUCAAAAGGUGGAAGAGUUAGAAGAAUAUCUGCAGGUGAAGGAGAAAGAGGCACAGGAUUUGAGUGAGUCAGUGGAGUAUUUAAAAAAACGAAUACAGGAGCUAGAAUUGGCCCUGGAGGAGGGCAAAGGGGAUGGUGAGGAGGAGGAGUCAGCGAACAAAUUACAGACACGCGUGGCAGAGCUGGAAGCUGAACUCACUAAAAGUGUUCCUCGUGAGCAGCUGGACGAAGUGCAGGUCACCCUGGGUCUCCAGCUGGAUCAGCUAGCUCGAGAGCGUUCUGAGCUGGCCCUGAGACUCAAUCAAGCUCUGCUGGAUCUGGAGAGACUUUGCCCUCCACCUCACACAGAUAAAGAGGACAGUGAUGAAGAUAACAACAAGCCAGAGCAGUCUGAGAGCUACAAGCCAUCUGGUGUUUUGGGUGAUGAGUAUAUUCAGUUCCAUUUGCUUAGUGGAAGAACUUUGACUGCAGUUCUGGAAGAGUUGGAGGAGGCUAGCCAGCCAGACAUGGACGAAUUAAAUGACUUGUGUGGAGGAAUGAAAGACUGUGUUGAGAAUGCCCUACAGAUGAAGGAUGCUGAACCACAAGCCAAACACCAGGAGGCACUGUCUGCAAUAAUGCAACAACUAGCUGAGACAGAUAAUAAACUGCAGGCUGAGAGGGCACUUUGUGAGCAUGCACAUGCUGAAGUGGCCAGGCUGAAACAUGACCUGCUGGAGGCACAACAAGGCAUGAUCAGCAAGGAGGAACAUGAAAAGAUCAAGGUUGAGCUGCAGCACAGCCUAGAGGAGAGCCAGAGCGCUGUAUCUGCAGCACAGGAGGCUUUGAGUGUUAAAGAGCUGGAGCUGAAGGAGCUGCAGUCACAGAAAGCUGUGAAACUGGAUAUGAUAUCUAAAGAGGACCAUGAAGCCCAGAGGGUGUCACUGCAGGCUGAGAUCAACACGCUGACUGCCUGCCUGGCUGACCUCACACGCAAGCAUGAGAAAACCUGCACCGAGGUGUUUCAAGUCCAGAGGCAGGCUCUUUUCAAUAAGAGUGAACGUCAGGCAGCCGAGGCACAACUGCUCACGGUCCAACAGCAGCUAGCGGACCUGCAGGCACAAUCCGGCCACAUCCAGCAACUGCACCAAGACAUCCAGGAUUCAAAGGGGAUUAUCAAGGAGAAAGACCACAAAAUCACAGAGUUGUCGAAGGAUGUGUUCCGUUUAAAGGAGGCCCUAGGAGCUCUGACUCCACCAAUGGGUUUAUCAUCCAGUGCAGUUUCCGCUGGAAACCCGGGACAGCAGUUGGCGCUUCAAAACAGAGUUUCUGCUCUGACCCAGCAACUCCAGGACUGGGAACGCAAACACAAAAUGGUGGUGGCUACGUAUCGCUCUCACCUCUUAGCCGCAGUACAAGGUCGCAUGGAUGAAGAGGUGCAGGCUCUUCUGUACCAAAUCCUCAGAAUGACACAAAAUAACCAAAGCUAUUGAAAUAACUGCAGUUUAGACCCAUUGCUAGACCCAGCAACACCCAUUUC